CGGAAGCUGCUGAGAACAUGGCUGGGGAUUUCAUUUUGCUUGCGGCCGUCUCUCUCCUUUCCGUCUUCCAGCAAUGUCAUUUUACUUGGCUGGUGGGAAAGUCAAGAAUGAAGCACAAGAUCAUACCUCCAGCUGUCAGUGGAGCUCCUGAAUUUGACAGAACUUUUCGUGCACAACAAAACUGUGUGGAGUCUUACCCCAUAUUCCUGACUGUCCUCUGGACUGCAGGAUGGUUUUUUAAUCAAGGAUUAGCUUCCUUUCUGGGUGUGUUGUACGUGUUUGCCCGCUACAAGUACUUCCAUGGCUAUGUACAGUCUGCGAAAGGAAGGAUAACAGGUUUUUAUUUGAAUGUGAUAAUUCUAGCUUGCUUGAUAAUCCUGGGUGCAGCUGGGAUUGUUAACAGCUUUCUGGAUGAAUACCUUGACUUCAACAUCAAGAAGAAACUCCAGAAAUUGUUCUGAAGACGUUGUGGGGCUUUUUUUCUUAAAAAAUCCCCCCAAAACUGUAGUUGCUUUCCCUGAACACAAGAAGAUGAUAAGCUGCAUGUGAAUAAAUCAUCAGAGCUCUUUACUAGAA